AUGUUAUUGGUCUUUACCUUGGUGGUUGGAGGUGAUUUUAAUGAAAUCAGAUUUUAUAAUGAGAGGUCUUCUGGUGGAGCUUGUACAAAUGGAAUGGAAAGAUUUAACAGAUCCAUUGCCACUCAUGAACUCAUUGAUUUGCCACUUAUGGGAGCUACUUAUACUUGGAAUAACAAUCAAGUUCAGAACAUAAGGAGUAGAAUUGAUGGAUUUCUUGUUUCUCCAGAAUGGGAGACUGUCUAUCCUACUGUUACUCAGAUAGCUUUGUCUAGACCUUGCUCACAUCACUGCCCACUUGCUUUGCUUUGUGAAGGUUUCAUUCUUUGUAAGAAGUUACAGGCUCUUAAGGAAAAGCUAAAAAUUUGGAGUAAAGAAGAAUUUGGUCAGGUGGAUAGGCAGUUAGAAGAUCUGGAGGAGAUCUUCACUCAACUGGAUGCAGAAGAAGAUGCAAAUAAUGGCUUAACAGAAGCUCAAUGGAAUCAAAGAUUGAAGGCAAGACAAGACUAUUGUAACUUAGUCAUUCUUGAAGCUGAAAGCAGGGCAAAGGUUGAGACUAUGAAAGGUAUGGAUAAAAAUACAAAAAAUUUCCAUAAAAUUGCUUCAUAUAGAAGGAGUAAAAAUCAUAUAGCAAAGAUUAAAGUGAAUGGUCAGAUGACAAUGGAUCAAGCUGAAAUCAAAGGUGGAAUUGUUGAUUAA